AGCGCCACGGCAGGCAGUGGGCAGCUAGGUCAGAGUGGGACACGCAGGGAGGGAGGGGCGGCGAGUCAAGCGGCUCGGGGGCGGGUAGGAUCACAGCGUGGGCAGAGCCACUCGGUCGGGGCAAACGCAGAGCCGUCGCCCCCCCCCCCGCGGCCACGCGAUGGUACAGCCCGGCCUGGUAAAGAGGCCAGGCGGCGCUGGCCACCAAGGAAGAGGUAUGGGGCUACGCGCGGGUGGAGCGCUCCGGAGGGCGGGUGCGGGGCCCGGGGCGCCCGAGGGACAGGGACCCGGUGGCGCCCAGGGCGGCAGCAUCCACUCGGGCUGCAUCGCCACGGUGCACAACGUACCAAUCGCCGUGCUCAUCCGGCCGCUGCCGUCCGUGCUGGACCCGGCCAAAGUGCAGAGCCUGGUGGACACGAUCCUGGCGGACCCUGACAGUGUGCCCCCCAUCGACGUCCUCUGGAUCAAAGGGGCCCAGGGUGGUGACUACUACUACUCCUUUGGGGGCUGCCACCGCUAUGCAGCCUACCAGCAGCUGCAGAGAGAGACCAUUCCUGCCAAGCUUGUGAGGUCCACCCUUUCAGACCUGAGGAUGUACCUGGGAGCGUCCACACCAGACUUGCAGUAGCAACCUCCUGAUAGCCCCUUGCCCCGCUCCACAUCAGCACCACUACCCGGGGCUCAGAAGACACAUGCAGCCCACAGCGGGCAGAAGCUGUAGAUGGGAUAUAUGUUCUCUUUAUUCUUAAGGGAGGUCUGCCUCUUGGUGCCUCUGCACUAGCUCCCAGGGACUAGCUCCCAGGAAUGAGCGGGCUCAGUUCUUCUGUCUAUGGAAAGAUAUCAUGGCCUUGACCCUGAAGAAGUACCAGGAAGGAAGAAAGGAGAUGGACUUGGAGACAAGGACUCUCAUUUUAAUCUUUAUGAUAUCAAUACAUGAACUCUGUACUAGGAAGUAAAGGAAAACCCAGGUCACCAUGACUUCAGUGAGAGAAGCUGGUUAUCCAUCCCCAUAGCCUGAACCCUGGAACCGGUGGCUGACACAGCACUGACUCUAACACAGUAUUGUGUCAACAGCUCAGUGAAGGCAGGGCUUCCUCUCGGGAGUCCUUUGGCCUUGUCCUCCUUGCUCCUUAUCGCUGUUGCUGCGUUUCUAGGAACCGUGUCUGUGCUCAAGAAAGAAACCCACUGGACCAACUUCUGUCAGAAAGGAAAACCUUGCUCAGUUCCUUGCUCAGUUUCAGGACCCUGUUCUUUGCGUGUUUGCACAUGGUCACCUUGGUCUGAGCUAGCCACCAUUGCCACCCACAGCUGCAAAGAAAGCAGACCUUAGGAAACGCUGUCACGGCUGAGCGUGACUGCCUUGUUCAUCCCCUGGACUGGUACUGUGAGGCCUGCAGUACCAGUGGGAUCCCAUAGCAGGGGAGGGAGAGGGAGAGGGAGACGUUAGCCUUUGCUACGAAACAAGCCGUCCCCAAGCUCAACAGCUAAACAAGUAUUCAUUUACCCAUGAUUCUAUGGGUUAGCUAAGCUCCUUUGAGCAGCUCCUCUGAUGUGGCCUGGUCCUGCUCAUGAGCCCAUAGUCAAUUGUCACCUCAGCUGGGGAUGGUUGGGCUGGGAUCACCUUAGCCAUUGUGGCAAGUGUUGACUGCAUUGGCUUGAUUAUUCUUGUUGCCGCUCUCAAAGGUCAGUUCAGGCUAAUUCUCAAGAUGACCUCAGGGUUCCAAGAGAGAGUAGUAGUGAGAGGGCCUGGAGCGGAGACUCAGCUGUUAAGAACACCUGCAUGGUGAUUCACAACACUGUCAUCCCCAUGCCAGAUGACCUGAUGCCCUCUUCUAGGCUCUGUGGGCACAGACAAACACACUGGAGCAAAGCACCCAAUUGCUUUUCUUUUGUUUUUUGAGACACAGGGUUUUUCUGGGUAACCCUGGCUGUCCUGGAACUCACUGUGCAGUACCAGGCUGGCCUUGACCUCACUGAAAUUUGCCUCUCCUGCAUCCCGAGUGCUGGUAUUAAAGAAGGUAUGCACUACUAUCACCCAGGUACAUUUUUUUAAGGUGACAAGAUUUCUUCAGCCCCUGUGCCAAGAAUGUGUCUCUGUUGGUCAGUUCAUUCCUUAGAUUCAAGGGUUGCAAAUGGACCGAGCUCUCAGCGGGAGGAACCACAAAGAACAUGGGGCUAUCGUUCAUCACAGAUGAAUCUUGGUGGGCAAGAAACAGAAUUCCUCAUUCCCACACAUAAGCACUCCCUUUUCAUAAGUUUGUCACAGAAGCACAAAAGAGGCCUUGGCAAGUCAGCCUUUAAGUAACAGUUCUCAAAACCUAGAAGAAGUCAUGGCAUGGUGUCUUCGAGAGCUGGGUACCCCAGCCCUAAGGAUGUCUCAGAAACAGAAUGAGGUGGAUAAUGAGGUGGGCAUUCAGAGGGGCUUCUGCAAACCUAGAGUUCAGGAGGCAAUGGGUGCAGCAGUGAGGUGGUUAUGCCACACAGAGACCUUAGUCACUGGUCAUUUUCAAGCCUCUGUUUUCCCAGCUCCAUGGUGAGGACACCAGCCUUCCCACCCACCGAGUGUCCCAGAAAAUGAAAUUGAAAGGGAUAAGAUGCAUCGUGGUGCUGGAUUGAUUCUUAGGACCAAAAAGAGACUAGGAAGGGAAAGCGCAUUAGCAGGUCAACCAGGACUCAGACCUUCCAGUUUGGGUAAUCUUAUCUCUGGGGUGGUUUGGAUGAAGAAUGUAUGGGAACUCUAGUCUCUGCAACUUUUCUGUAAAUCCAAAGUCAUUCUAAAAUAAAAGUGUAUUUAAUUAAAACACACACACGAUGCAAUAGCCUUA